AUGCGUGAUUUUCUCAUCGAGGGAGGCGUAAUCCGGCACAGGAGGCGGAAGCAAUCUGAAAGAGUCAUCCGCAUCGCCCUUGGAAGGCCACCUGAUCUACGAGAUGUGAACUGGGUGUCGUUAAACCCUAGUCCAUCUAGGGCUACAACGGGAUUGUGCAAACGGAGGGACGUCUGGCUAGCUGCGCCAUACUUGGGAUCUGUAGCAAUGUUGAGCAAGAUCUUGUGUCAAAUCUAG